GUAAGAGCUACACGCUCUGACUCCUCCUAUAGUAUUUUAAAUAUCUGUCUAAAAUCUACGAAGAGAAAGAGGAUUUAUUUGCUCUCUGUGAAAUCAGCAUUGGUGGACUAGCAGUGCCAAAUUAAAGGAUCAUCUAUAAUUGCUGAAAUGAAUGACCAGUGGAAUUCAGCAUUUACAGACAAUGUCUACAUAUCAAAAAGAAGCAUUAGAAAGAUUCUCAUCAGCAAGAGGCAUUAUGUACGGGCAGAGAGUAACAUUACUGUCCAUGAAACCAAGACAGAGAAUUUCAAUCAAUCUAAUGGUGAGGAGACAACUUGUGAAAAAAGAGAAACCAAGGAACCAAGUGUGCAAGAGAUGAUUAACUUAAAUCCAACAACUCAAGCUACAUGCUCUUUCUCUGAAAGAUCUGAACAAUCUUCUCUGAAGGGUGGAAGAGUUGAUGUGGCUGAUGUGGAAACGGCACCUGGAUCUGAACCUAAAUCCCAAAUCUUGACUCAUGAAAGAUGGCAAGAGGCCAGUUUUCCCAAAGUGAAUGUGAAACAAACGGUGGACAUCACUAAGCCAUACUCACAGGGAGAGUUUCCAAGUAAACAGAAGAGUGAUGUGCUAGACAAAUAUGAGGUGGAGGAAGAAGAGAUGGAGAGACCAACAGCUCCACAAAACCAGGCUUUGAAAAGUCAGUUUUUGUUUGCUACUAUGAAAAAGCGAGGAAUGGAGGGAGACACAGAAAACCGUCCAUACAAGUGCCCUUACUGUAACUGGGCUUUUAAAAAGUCCAGCAACCUGUUGAGCCAUAUUAAAACUCACCGUGGCCUCAGACCGCAUGUUUGUGACAUGUGUGGGAAGGCCUACUCACACCAGGGUACUCUUCAGCAACACAAACGGCUACACACUGGCGAAAGGCCGUACCAAUGUCCUUUCUGCAAAAAAACCUACAUCUGGUCCUCAGACUUCCGCAAACAUAUUCGAACACACACAGGGGAGAAGCCCUACAUCUGCGAGGAAUGUGGCAAAGACUUUGUGCGCUCCUCCGACCUGCGGAAACAUGAGCGGAACAUGCACACCAACAACAAGCCCUUUCUCUGCAAGCAGUGUGGCAAAACCUUUAACAAGCCGCUGUCUCUUCUCCGUCACGAGCGCACACAUUUGGGUGAGAGGCCCUUCAUAUGCCCAGAGUGUGGGAAGUCAUUCGCUCUAGCCAGCCGCAUGACAGAGCACAGGAAGAUCCAUAGUGGCGUGCGCCCCUAUACCUGCCCAGUUUGCUCCAAAGCAUUCACCAAGUCCUCCAACCUUACCGAACAUCUUACAGUUCAUACUGGAGUACGGCCUCACAAAUGCUCUGAGUGUGGCGUGGCAUUUGCCAUGGCAUCCCGGCUGGUGCGCCACCAGCGUAUCCAUGCGACCAUGCAGCCUCAUCAAUGCCAAGGUUGUAAUGUGUCAUUUAGCCACCUAGCGGAACUGGAGACGCAUCAGGAGCAGCAUACGGAGAGCAUGAUCUUUGUUUGUGGGCAGUGCUCUAAGUCCUUUCCCGAGGAGGCUUUGCUCAAAGAACACAUGCAAAGCCAUACAGACACUGAAACCUGCAAUGCCCUUUUAUCUAUGAAGUAGCCCGAAGUGAACUGUAAAGCAACAUUGCAUUCUACAAUUUUAUAGCCUUAACAACAAAACAUAACCUGACAAAGCAUUGUUCAAGAAAAAAAACAUCAAAGAGCCCCGUAAUGCCCAUUUUAACUGGCCUUAAUCUGACAAAUGACAGGAAAAUACAGGGACCAAACGAUUUUGGAUUUCAAGUACAUUGCUGUGUAUAUUGCUAGCAUGGAAACACACAAGUUACAGAUUUACAAUAUGUUCAUGGCACAUGAUAGCCUCUUGCCUACAAUGCAGAUUCUGUGUGUAUGUGUGGGAGAGAAACAGAAAACAUGAGGAGCAGUAGUGUAAAUGCUGAACGUGGUGUCAAAAUACAGGUACAGUGCUAUUUCACGUUGUUAAAGAUUUUCCAAGCAAAAGGAAAAUGUGUUUACGGUUUUUUCUUUUCUAAAAUGAAAGGUUUUGUUUAUUGUCUAAAAUAUUGUUUUGAUUAUUGUUGUUUAAUACCAACUUUCAUCUUCAUUUAAAAUUAUGUUGGACACAUCUGGGGGUUGUAGAACAGUAGUAAACACUGGUUGCUUUCUCUAUGUGUCUCCGAGAAUGCCACACUGCUGAUCAUAUUUGUCCCUCUACUCAU